AACAAUAGAGAAAUGCUUGUUCAAAACACCAUUGAAGAAAGUGACAUGACGACACAAUAGUAAGUCCUAUUGUUUACCAGACAAAGAAUCUCAUUGUCCCUACUGCAACAAUGAGGCCACAUAGUGAAAGGAGAGGCUGUAAAGAGACAAUUGAAAGAUAAUUGUUUCGCAAUUCUUUGUUGAUUGCCAUAGGUAGAUGCUGGUUCUCGUUCGAAUAUGGCUGGUUGAACAAGGAGGUACAAUUCAGCCUUGCAAUUGUCCAGCCAUUGUGUCCAGAGGAAAGGAGAGGUAAAUUGGAGAGUCUAAAAAGCCUUGUUUCAUGCUUUGUUUCCUUAUGCACAAGGCAGGCAGAGGCAGGCACAUCGUGCAACAAGGGGUAUAGAAAUUUUGGAGGCUGUAAUGUAAGACUAUACAGUGCAAGUAACGUACUUUAUUUUGCAAAUAAACAAAAAAAAAAAAAAAACAUCUGAAGCUAUUCUUGAGAGAAUGUCACAUCUAGUACCGCUGGCUUAAAAUGAACAUACCAUACUUUCUAGAAUAAUACGUAUAUGUUUGUAAAUGUUUACAGAUGUAGAUGUUUAGUUUCAUAUGUAUAUAUACAGGAGAGUAUGCAGUGGAGAGAAGUGCGGGCAAUAAAAGAUAAAAUGUCCAUAGCAUAGAGAACCAUUUCUAGCUAGUAUAUGCAACUCCCAUCGAAGACAUUUUGUUAAAGAGGUGGUAGUAACACAACUUUUUUUUUUGUUUUGAAAAAUAGGACGGCCCAGUCGUGUGUUUACCUUGUAUGUUUGAAUGAACGAAAGAUGUUUACAAGGCACUCACUUAUGACAAGCAAAAUAAUAAAAGGAACACAUCAUUGAGCAAACACAACCACGAAUUACACUUUCUGUGGUUUCAGUAUUUUUAGCUUUUUUUGCUUUGUAUUAUUAACUUUUCAUUGUUCUCUAAAUGGAAAAGAGCUAUUCGCAAAUUAUAGAUGAAUGAAACGGAUUCUACCCAACAACUAGAUGUUCUAUACGAAAAUCAACGAGGGAUUACAAUUUGUGGGGCAGUUUAUUUUUCAGGAAAGUCACUGUUGAACUUUGAUCCUGCUCCUUGGGUAGAUGGGAAUUCUAAAGCAUCGCCAGUUAAUAUAAAGACCGCAACCUGUCCAGAUCCAAGUUGGGAAUGGGCCUGGCAACGUUGGUACGUUGAUAUGAAUGGAGAUGUGGAUGAGUCAGGAUGGCAAUAUGGGUUCUCAUUCGCUUUUUCCAAUUGGCAUGGAAAGCCAAUAUCAUUACAAUCAUUUGUUCGCCGCCGUCGAUGGAUACGGAAGCGGAAAAAGACGGAAUACAGAAGGGACGAUCCGAGGCUCAUGACAGACUACUUUACAAUUUCUUCCUCUUACGCCGUUCAUAAAUCCCCAACACAUACCCAGCAGAAUGAGAGUCUGUCAUGCAUCACUGACGAAGAUGAAGAAGAAAUCUCGACCAUACCUUCUUUGCUACACGCCUUACAAAAUUCUCGAAUUGACCGCGAAAAAUUAGACUCCCUUCGAAAAUUUCUUCAGUCUGCUAGCGUUACUGAUAAAAAGUAUCUAAUAAACAUGAAAGAAAAAGUUUUAAAAAGUUUUGUAUACGAAUACAGUUGUCGUUUGGCGAAAGAAAUGUUAAAUGAGAGAUCAACAAGGCAUGUGAAUUCCGAAAAGUCAUCCUUCGAUUUAGAAAACGAUGCUAUCGGAUAGAAAGACAUAAUCUUCCCUUGGAUUUCCAUAUUUUGGACUAUUCUAUUUAUUUAAUUCGCCGACGAAACGGUAUUCUCAUUCAAGGCUUCAUUGCAUUUUUUCCAACUCUCUUUCAUGUUAAUGCUACAAAAGGUUCUUUCGGUCGACGUGAUAUUGCAGGAAUAUGGCCAUUUCUGUUGAUUCCUUGCUAUAUGAAUUACGUAUAAAUUCAUCUUACCCUCUUUUUAUUUAUGAAAAUGGUGGGAUGCUCCUUUUAAAAUAUCAUCUUCGUAGUUAUUAUCAUUUCAUUCGCCAGAAAUUUGUUUUGGGUAUUCCCUUUCAUGAAGGUGCUGUAAAUAAGGAUCUAGUUUUGUUGUGCAAAGAAUCUGAAGUUUUAUAAAAGUUCUCCAACAAGUUUUUUGUUAUCUUUAUGUCUUCUUCCGAACCAUCAAAGACUUGAUACCAACCUUGAGGUAGCUUUCUAUUCAAGACUCGACAAGCUAGAGCAAUACAGCCAACUGCUAUUCCGAAAGGUAAAACCGAAACGCAAAGCAAGGUAUGCAAAGAAUCAUUUAAAAAACUCCAUGUACACUGUGUCAGGCGUUUAUCAUUCAUCAAGCCCAAUGUCUGCAAAUAGUGAAUGGCCAGCUUGUGAGGUAUUACAGUAUGGGUAUCAAAGUCAAUGACUCGUAGAAUCUCCAGCUCCAUAUCGUUAAUUUUUCCUUUUGUAGUAUACAUUUCAGUACUAAAUAAAUCGUGAACCUGAUAGUCUUUUCCUGGGUUCAAGAACUGUUCCUUCAAAUAAAUUCCAACGUUGCAUAAAUCUUGCGAUGAAACCUCAGUUUCGGUUGCCUUACUACCUAAAGAAACACAAGCCAUCACACAGAUAUUCAGAUCUACAGCUCUAGGAGGACAUAAUGUACCAUAGCGACGAAAUAAAA